UGUCAGUGUGUGCAUUUUUUUCCUCCCCUUCUCUUUUUUUGUAACCAAAGCUGGAUGUGUAGAACGUCACAUAUUGUUUCCCUCUUCACUCCGGUCACUCUAGCGAUAUGGGUUAUUUACUGUUAAACAGCUACAGACGCCGAACGCACAGCCGGCGCCUGGAGUGAAAGUGUCUCUGAGAGAUACGGACUAUACAGAGUUUCUCUCCAGCCUUCGAUAAGUGAGGAUAUAACAACAGGUUAACGAAAGUGAGAUUUGUUUUUUAAAGGACGAUAGAAUGGCGAGUCCUCCAAAUACUGGGGGAGGACACUUGUUAUCCAACGCGAACAUUAGUAACACCAAGAUUAAGAAAUGUGGAUACCUCAAGAAGCAGAAGCACGGACACAAGCGCUUCUUCGUUCUGAAGGAACCGGGCGAGGGCUUCCCUGCCCGGCUGGAGUACUACGAGAGCGAGAAGAAAUGGAAAAACAAGUCAGCGGCAAAGAGGGUUAUACCUCUUGACUGCUGCCUCAAUAUCAACAAGAGAGCUGACGCCAAACACAAACACCUUAUCGCCCUCUAUACCAAGGACGAAUAUUUUGCCGUUGCGGCAGAUAAUGAAAAAGAGCAGGAUAAUUGGUACCGAGUCUUAACGGAUUUAAUGAGCGAGGGCAAAGUGUACUCUGAUGGCUCCGCUUCCAAUUCCGCUUCUUCGCUGGUGGGGUUUGAUGAGUCGAACUACGGGAUGAUUACGCCGGUAACUGCCGCGUAUAAGGAGGUAUGGCAAGUGAACCUGAAAUCCAAAGGGCUGGGGCAGAGCCGGAAUCUGACCGGGGUGUACAGACUGUGUUUAUCCAGCCGGACUAUCAGCUUCGUAAAGCUCAACUCGGAUGUCGCGUCCGUCAGUUUACAGCUGAUGAACAUUCGGAGAUGCGGGCACUCAGAGAGCUUUUUCUUCAUCGAGGUCGGACGGUCAGCAGCCACAGGACCAGGCGAGCUGUGGAUGCAGGCUGACGACUCAGUGGUGGCGCAAAACAUCCACGAGACUAUAUUGGAGGCCAUGAAAGCCAUGAAGGAGCUGUCAGAGUUUCGGCCGCGCAGCAAGAGCCAGUCUUCAGGCACUAACCCCAUCUCCGUGCCGACCCGGCGGCACCUCAAUAACCUUCCUCCAAGCCAGACCGGGCUCCAGCGGCGGUCGCGCACUGACAGCAUGGCCACAACUUCCCCAGUUAGUAAAUUUACUUCCUGCCGGAUACGCACUGCCAGCGAGGGAGAAGGCACCAUGGUGCGCCCCAUGUCUGUGAACGGGAGUCCCCUCAGCCCCGGUAUUCAACCGAACCUAUUAGGGAGAUCAAACACCAUUACAGCCCGGCCCUGCCGGACAUUUGAAUCCUCUUCCCUCCAGCACAGUAAGUCCAUGUCCAUGCCUCUGUCUCACUCUCCACCCACAGCCACCCCCAGCCCUGUUAGCCUGUCCUCCUGCUCGGAGAGCAGUGCUCCUUGCCCCUCCAGCUGCAGUGCCUCGGUCUCCCCCAGUGAUGGGGGCUUCAUCUCCUGUGAUGAUUAUGGCUCCAGCCCUGCAGGCCUACACCUCACCCUCCGCAGUAACACCCCAGAGUCCCUGAGGGAAGACACACCCCCUUCCCGGGAAGGCAGCAACCUGCACGGCUACAUGGUGAUGGAGAGACAGAACGGUUACCGUCGGUUACCAGAGCUGGACAAGGCAUACCGGAAACGCACAUACUCCCUCACCACCCCGCGCCAGCACAGGGCACCGCCCCAGGUCUCCUCUGCCUCAUUGGACGAAUACACGCUCAUGAGGGCCACCUACACCAGUGGUUGCCAAUCGGGUCGCAGCUCUCACAUGGCUUCCCCAAAAGUGACCUAUCCCGAGGACUAUGGCGCUGUCCAGAUAGGCUCCAACGGUCACCUAGGCGACAGUGGCUACAUGCCCAUGACUCCAGGUGUGGCCCCUCAGACAGCGGGGGUCAAAGGUAAUGCUUACAUGCCCAUGAGCCCCAUGUGUGUGUCGGCCCCAAAGCAGAUCAUCAACCCCCGCUCUCACCCCUCUCCAGCUGGGAUGGGUCCCCAUACAGAUUCCCCUGGCAGUGUGUCUCUGGAGGACAGCGGCUACAUGAGGAUGUUCUGCGGGGCCAAGAUGUCUGUGGACAGCUCAGAUGAGAAACUCACCAAUGAGGAGUACCUCAACAUGUCCCCUGUGGACCCUCUGGUGUCCUUCACCCCCUCAGACUACUUCCUCACAGACACUACCCCCCAGCCUCACCCUCACCACAGACAGCCUUACUCCAUCAGUUCCCUGCCCCGCUCUCUCAAAGCCCAGCCCCAGAGGAACGGUGUCACAGACACAGACCAGUACGUGGUGAUGAGUCUACAGAGGCAGAGGAUAGAAGAGGAGUCCAACUACUGUCCCAUCUCACCAGUCUCCAUCGGUACGCCCCCCACCAACACCCUCUCCUCAGCGCCCUCGAUCCUCAGAGCCGGCAGGGUGACCCAGGAGGGGGGUCUGGUCCACAGGGGGAGGGUGAGUCGACCUACCCGGCUCGCCCUUGACUCUUUGAGGACACUGCCCUGUAUGAGCGAACACCCUCUCCCCUCUGAGCCCAGGAGUCCCGGGGAGUACAUCAACAUAGACUUUGGCAACGCCACACGAUACCCGCCUGUCUCUACCACGACUGAAAGCUCUGCUUCAUCGCUGGGCUCGGUGGACGGGCCGGCGAGGAGUUCCCCGCCACUCUCCGAAUACGUCAACAUCAACAUCAGCUCAUGCUCUUCCAAACACAGGGAUUCCCCUUCUUCAAUAGGGCGCAUGGAGCCGAGUCCUGUGCUCCUCGUGUGUCCCAGCCAGCCUCACAGAGAUAAUCAGAGGGAGAGAGAGGAGGAGGGGGAGGAGGAGGAGAGAGUCCUAGUGGAAUAUCCUCUCCAAAAGCAUGUGAGCCCUGUGUGCCUGGUUGGAGCUGUAAAAGACGACUACACUGAGAUGACCUUCAGUCCUACCAACCCCUCUGUCUCUCUCCCUGCCUCUCUGUGCCCCUCUGACUCCACUACCCCCCUGCCUACCAGCCCCUCGUCCUGCAUCCAGAGACUCACCCUGGGGGGAGAGGGCGAAGUGGUGGUCCCCCCUGCCCCUGUGGAGUCCUUCCUCCUGGGGGGUCCCUCCACCCCCCCCAUCAACCCAGACAGGGGGGCUAAGGUGAUCCGGGCUGACCCCCAGGGUCGCAGGCGCCACAGCUCCGAGACCUUCUCCUCCACAACCACAGUAACGCCAGUGUCUCCAUCGUUCGCCCACGAUGCCAACAAGCGGCACAGCUCGGCGUCGGUGGAAAACGUGUCGCGGCUGGUCCGGAGCUCGGAGGGCUCAGACGAGGAGUAUGGGAACAGCAACAGCCCCAUGUGCCGGGAGACAUCGGCGGGCUACCAAAACGGACUCAACUACAUUGCCUUAAACCUGAUGGAAGGGAGCCUGGGGGGUUGCAGCACUCUGGGGGGCUGUGAGGGACUGCUGAGGUUCAAGGCAGCAUGUGGAUGCAAGGGGGGCAUGAACAGUUUCAACGCCAGCCCCUAUGCCACCAUGGGCUUCAAGGAGACUGCAACAGCAGUGAAAGAAGGGCUGGGUGUAGUCAGUGCACUGGGUUCCCCGGAAAAACAAGUGAGUCAGUUGUUUAUCACUUGUCAGGUAUUGGGUUUCAUGUUAGGAAUGUAGUGUUCAAAGGCUGCUGGGAGAUGUGAAUUUUCACUUGUUUUUCUAACCUACUGGGGGGAUUGCAGAUCACGUUGUUGUUUUACCGUGAGGAACUUUACAAAACAGACUAACACACACACUGCACCUGCUCCCAAGGGGAUUAAAAACCUAUGCACUGAUUGGCCAAACAUACUCAAUCAAGGGUGUGUGUUAAGAAGUAUUAUGCCAGUGUAUUUACUUAUGUUUGUGUAAUAAGGGAUUUCAUGUGUGUUUGAGCAUGACUGGGGUUGCAACAUUCUGGGCACUUUCAAUAAAUUCCCUGGUUUUCUCUGAAAUAGUGGUUGGAGUAUUCCCAAAAUCAGGAGGAAUAAGCACGAAAAUCCGGAAUCCUCCUACUAGGAUUUCUGGAAAAUGUUGCAACCCUAAGCAUGUCUGCUGACUGAGUUGUUUUGUAGACAUAGCAGUCAUUUCCACAAAGUUGAGCAGAAAGAAAGACCUGGCCCUAAGCUACGGAAGGAGA